UUCAGGAAGUACAGCGCAUUGAAGGGUUGUGCACGUUUCUCAUUGUGUGGUUUAAACAAAUUAUAACAAGAUAUCGGUUCUGCUUUGAGCAAAGUGCUGUUCAUGUACAAGAUAGGAAUUGAUCCGAGUGAGGUCCAUUUCCUGGACUGUGAAUCCUUCUACCACUAAGUUUAAUGCAUCAAAUCUGGAGAUUAGACGAGAUGAGGUGGAUCAUUUACGUUUACCUCCUGAUAGGCUGGAUCACUGGACAGUGAUCAGGAGCAGGAACACUGGCUGAUUUCCCCUCUCUGUCUCUCCAACCCAGAGAUCACUGGACAGCGAUCAGGAGCAGUUUUGAUCUCCCUCUAGUGUCCGAACAUUGCCAGGGCAGUUCCCUCUCCUGAGUCCAAGGCCUCUGAAAUUCCGGGCCUGAGUCUUACCCUUGGCAGACGCGGGUGAUCGGUGGGCCCCGGAGCAGUCGGGAAUUGGGCCUCAUCCCGUGUAAGGCCCCCGACCGCGAUUUCUCGCUGGCUGGCCAAUUACAGCCCACCCAGCAUGAAACACACAUCCCCCAAUGGUCGGCAAAGGACAGACAGGGACCCUUCAUCUGACUGUCCAAUGGAAGGCACAGGAGCUGGUCACUUCCCUGGUCAGCGAUGGGGAAAGCUGUGGUAUCCACACGGGUGGCAAUGGGCUGGAUAUGGAAGAGAAUUCAGCCACAUAUUGGUUCCCCCGGAGUGAAGAUUGGGACAACUUGGCGAUCGAGUGUUUGAAUGAAGAACUGCAGAGAAACCAGACGUUCACUGAUGUUUGGGAUUUGGCCAGAAAGUUUUGGAAUGGGCGCACCAUUCCCCAUGGUCUCCGUAAGGAGCACAUGAUCGUGGUCACUAUGUACACCCAUCAUGGAUCAUUGUACAAGGCAUUUAACGAUGAGGUUCAGAAAUAUGGAAAUAUAACCAAAUACAACUCCGAAUUUAAACUGAAGGCCUUCCAUUAUCUCCUAACCAUCGCUCUCCAGGCAUUGAGAGAUCAUUCCAAAUACUUACACCUUUAUCGUGGGUUGAACGUUCCCAAGUUUGGGAGACGGGGCCAGGAGAUGAGUUUCGGGAGAUUCACCUCCACCUCCCUCAACAGAACAGUGGCCGUGGGAUAUGGAAACAGGACUUUGUUUGUGCUGAACACGACUUACGGUGUCAAGAUCCGCAAUUACUCAUUCUUUGAGGGGCAAGAGAUCUUAAUCCCUCCCUACGAGAAGUUUGAGAUUGUAAAGGCCGAGAGCUCAGGGGGAAACUGAAUCUUCACCCUCCGCUCGAGAGGCUAUGAGGGAGUUGAGGUGGGGCUGGAGAGGGACGGUAAUGACUGUCUGAGAGUUUACCGGAAGACCCGACCCUGGUGGGUCUGGUUUCUGAUCGCCUUGGCGAUUUUGGUCACUCUGGGGGGAUUAGGAACAUUUCUCUACAAGUGCAGCUGCCAGGAAUAGAUUCCAAUUUCCCACCAUCUCCCCAACCCUCAACCCCCAUCCAAUACCCCUGACACACCAUCAACCCUCAUCAGCCUAAUGAUCAAAACUCUGUCCUCACACUCCCAAACCAUGCUCCCCACAUGCCAAAUGAUCAAGUCUGUGGGGCUGAAUGGCCUCCACCUGUUCCUGUGUAACAGACUCGAGGGGCUGAAUGGCCUCAUGUUCCUAUCUGUGCAAACUGUAAAUUAAAAUGAUGUUUGAUAGAUUGACAAAGCUAUGAAGGUUGAAUUAACAAUGUUGACAUAAAAUUUGUCCAUAG